CAAAAAUAGUUUUUCUACCUUCUUGAAUUUGAUGACUCUUAAUUAAUUCUGCUGCUGAAUGGAUGAUAUACCACAAAGACAUCCUCAAAGCCAGGCAUCAAAUUAUAUCCCCUCUCUUCCAUCCCUUUCUGUCAUACCCUCUACCCAUCAAAGAACAACAUGAUCCAAUCCAGUUUAAUCUGUUUGUGAAUCGUUCCUUUUUUAGCUAGAUGAUGGAGCUUUUCAGAUAUGACUGAUUGAAGACAUGUUUGGAUAUGCAGUUGCACACAACACGUGAUCAUUAGACUCGGAAGAGAAAAAACACAUCAUCAUCUUAAAUGAACUAAAAUUCCAACUUUGCAAACGACUAAGAAGUUAACUGGUGACCUUGGAGGCAAAACCAGUGCAAAGACAUGUCAGAAGGAUACGAGAUUCAUAACAAUGAGGAAACAUCAUCGGGAUGUUCCCAGAAAUGUUCUUCCUUUGACUUGAAUGAAGAAGCUAGCAGUGAAGAAAACAAUGAUACAGAAGAAGAGACCUGUGAGCUCACAACUGAGGAGAAUGAGAAAGCAAAGGAUGAGGGCAUUUCAGUAAAUAGUAGUACAUCAAGAGAAGGAAAUGAGAGAAGAGGCACAGUAAGACAAUAUGUUAGGUCAAAGAUGCCUCGGCUUAGGUGGACUCCUGAGCUCCAUCUUUCAUUUGUUCAUGCUGUUGAAAGACUUGGUGGUCAAGAGAGAGCAACACCCAAGUUGGUGCUUCAACUAAUGAAUGUGAGAGGACUCAGCAUUGCUCAUGUCAAGAGUCACUUGCAGAUGUAUCGAAGCAAGAAACUUGACGAGGCUGGACAAGUUCUAAGCCAAACGUACAGGUCGACCCAAGAAGUAGGUCGUAGAUCUCAGAUACUCCAUCAGUCUAUGAGUCCUCAACAGCAUUUGAAGAUGGGGAAUGGUGGGAUUAUUCUUGCAAGUAAUUUCAACGAGCAUAGUCAUUUCCAAAGUCUCUUGCAGCCCUCCUUCUCCCAAUCACGUUCCCAUGCAAACACCACUCAUUCGAGGCACCAGCAUUGGUACUUCAAUCACCAACCUUUUGGAGUUCCAAUAGGUUCAAACCAAAUUCAACUAAAGGAUACAACCGUAAGAGUUGCACCCAUGAGAGCAAGUCAAUUUCUUGAAGAGAAAAGAUGGCCUCCUUUGGAAAUUAUGAGUAAUCAACAAUCGAAGUUCAAAAGGUUACCUGCCAAUAUUUCUGCUAAAAUUGGGUCAGAAGCUUUUCAGCCAGUUGGGAACAAAACAAGUAUCGGAUUCGGAGAAUAUCUAUCCAAGAACUCUAAUGAACCUCGCAACUAUUCCAACAGUUUAAAGCUACAAUUUGAUCCGCCGUUUCGGAUUAAGUUGAAUCAAGAGAAACUGCAGAAAGACGAGCAACAAUUGCCUAAUUUGCAAUUGAGUUUGAGCCACACAGUUGGAACCGAUGGCAAGAUUGUUCAUUACAGAGAAACCCAAGAAAUUAGCACAAAGCUUUCACUUUCUUAGAGCUUCGUAAUGUGAGUAACGCAAAUACCAUUACCUAGAUAUUAUUAUAAAAACAGAGAGAUUAUAUAUUCAAACAAGA